GCAUGUUCUUGCUUACCUGCCCCUUCCUCUCACUGUUCUUGUUCCUCUCUCUCUCCGCCAGUUUCUUUCCCAAUCUGACCAAAUUGCAAUUCGCGUGACAUCGUUCAUCAAAUGGCGGCAAUGUCAGGGAAGAUUGUCCAAAAAUUUUUGUUUGUGCAGUGCUGCCAACAGAAUAGGCAGUCAAGCACCCUGUACCGAAGGGACUGUUGUACCCCUAAUAUGCACAAUAUGCUUCCCCUUCAAGGAGGGAAAUUCGCAUGGACUGGAAUCUCUGCCAUGCAAUUGCGUACCUUGUCAAAAAAUCAGACUGGUUUUAUUAACCGAGGAACAGUAUACUGCAACGCUGCUCCAUCUACUGCUGCUAUUCCAUCUCUUGAAAAAGUUAAUUUCCUAAAGCUUCAAAAUGGCAGUGAUAUUCGAGGUGUUGCAAUUGCUGGUGUUGAGGGAGAACCUGUUAACCUCACCCUACCAGUUACAGAAGCAAUAGCGGCUGCAUUUGCUGCAUGGUUAUUGGACAAGAAAAAACCUGCUGGAUCUAAACGCCUGAGAGUUUCUAUUGGCCACGAUUCUCGAAUAUCAGCACAAGAGCUACAGGAUGCAGUUUCUCGAGGAAUUUCUGGUGGUGGUCUGGAUGUCAUUCAAUAUGGCUUAGCGUCCACACCAGCAAUGUUUAAUAGCACACUUACUGAAGAUGAUGACUUCUUCUGUCCAGCUGAUGGAUCCAUUAUGAUAACAGCAAGUCAUCUUCCUUACAACAGGAAUGGGUUUAAAUUCUUCACAAACGCUGGAGGGCUUGGGAAAGCUGACAUUAAAGACAUCUUGGAGCGUGCUGCAAACAUAUACAGUAACUUCACAGUUGAAGGUUUAAAAGAUGCAGAAAGAAGAGCAUCUUCAUCUGUAAAAAUGGUUGACUACAUGGCUAUUUAUACAUCUGCUCUUGUAGCGGCAGUUCGCAAAGCUGCAGGAAGUAUAGAGAAGCCACUGGAGGGGUUUCACAUAGUUGUUGAUGCAGGAAAUGGAGCAGGAGGAUUUUUUACUGCAAAGGUGCUUGAACCUCUUGGGGCUAUUACUUCUGGCAGUCAGUUUUUGGAGCCAGAUGGUUUAUUUCCAAACCAUAUCCCAAACCCAGAGGACAAGGCAGCAAUGAAAGCUAUCACUCAAGCAGUCCUUGACAACAAGGCUGAUUUGGGGAUAAUCUUUGAUACAGAUGUUGACAGAUCUGCUGCUGUGGAUUGCACUGGCCGUGAAUUAAACCGGAAUCGUUUGAUUGCUUUAAUGUCUGCAAUUGUUCUCGAGGAACAUCCAGGAACAACUAUCGUCACAGACAGUGUGACUUCAGAUGGGUUGACUACAUUUAUUGAAAAGAAACUUGGAGGGAAGCACCAUCGGUUCAAAAGGGGCUACAAAAAUGUCAUUGAUGAAGCAAUCCGUUUGAACUCUGUUGGUGAGGAAUCCCAUUUGGCUAUUGAAACCAGCGGCCAUGGAGCUCUUAAGGAGAAUCACUGGCUUGAUGAUGGUGCAUACCUCAUGGUCAAGCUCUUAAAUAAACUCGCAUCUGCCAGAGCUUCAGGAAUAAGUGGUGGCAGCAAAGUUUUGACUGAUAUGGUUGAGGGUCUACAGGAACCUGUGGUUGCUGUCGAGCUUAGACUCAAGAUUGAUCAAAACCAUGCAGAUCUUAAAGGAGGAUCUUUCCAGGAUUAUGGAGAGGCUGUUCUGAAACACUUGGAGAAUGUUAUAGAUUCAGACCCAAAGCUUCAGAAAUCCCCUGUUAACUAUGAAGGCGUCCGAGCUUCCGGAUAUGGAGGGUGGUUCCUAUUGAGACUCUCCCUUCAUGACCCAGUCCUGCCCCUUAAUAUUGAGGCACCAAGCAACGAAGAUGCUGUUAAACUUGCUCUUGCCGUGCUUGCUGCUGUUAGUGAAUUCCCAGCUCUGGAUAUCUCUGCCUUGCACAAGGUUGUUCACAUGUCGUAAAGAAAACCCCGGUGAACUGGAUUGUUGUGCAUUUUUGUGUCUUAGAAAGAGGAACCUCGUCGCGGAUAUGGCUUUGUCUGACCAAUUUCUGUGUCACGAAGAGCUUCAGGUCUCGACACUCAACUGAUGGCGCUUUUUGAACGAUGAUGAUAUAUAUCAUGCUAUAGAACUACAUAUACGGUGGAUGAACAUUAAACUGUGUAUGCAUCUCCAAUCACGGGACAACUACAUAAUUUUCUAAACAACACAUUGUAACUAUGUUAAUUUUUGAUAAAUUCAUGUUGUAAACUACUGCUUCCUUGCACGUAUGUCCAGAUUUGAGAAUUCUACAUAUGGCUAUGUCUACUUUGCAUGAAAUUUGAUUAUCUAAAAACUCUGCGCUCUUGAAACCCAGGAGAGCUUCCUAUGGU